CAUUUGGUGUUACCCGUACUACUGCUCUCCGCAACCGCCUAUUUUCCUGCUCUGCGCUGCUCCUCACAAAGCCGCCUACAUUCAUCCCAAAAUUCCAGGAUCAGAAAUACGGAGUAGGUAUACAGUAGGUAUGGCAUAGGUACGUCUGCUACGGAGUAGCCUUGCUAUACGAACAACUAUACCUACAAUAUAGGAGAGGUCCACAUUUUUGUGAUGUUACUACUGUUAGACGAUUUCUGACGAGUUCCCCCAUUUCCCCCGUUUCCUGUCACAUCAUGGCGGCCCGUCUCUCGCUUCAACAGCCAACAACUCCGCAAUCCGCGUACACACGUUUUGAGACUCUCGAUCUAUAUCCGUCUGCUGACGUCAACGAGCCGCAGCUCGCGCUAGACUUUUACGCGUCGGACGCGUUGUUUGCGCGGCAUUCUCGCCCGCCAGUGCGUCCUAGCUGCUCUGCGCAAGCUCUCCACGCGAUACCCAGUGCCGCUUCAUGCGGAAGUUCCGCCGCCCUUCGCUGCGGCGGGAACACGGCGCCGUCCGCCCGCCGCCGCGCCCUUUCCGCCUCCGAGUGCGGAAGAAUCUUGUCCCCCUCGCCUCCCCGCGCGAACAAACCCGCCACCUGCGCGUUCCGCCGCCGCCGCCACCAGCUCACGCUCUCGAAGUUAUCCCCCUCCAAAGUCGCGGCAACCCAGCGCUCGGGCUCAAAUCCUGGGAGCUCGUUCAACUUCUCUCCUGAAGAUGAUAAACGCGCGACGUCUCGAGUCUUCGCCAGGAGUAACGCUUAUUCCACCCCAGUGACUGUGGUCCGAAGCAGGCUGGCGAAUCAAGCAGAUCCAUACACGCAGAUGGUCGGAUCACAUGCGGAAGCGUCAUCAUCUCGGACAGAAUCCGAGCUACAUCAAGCAGAUCGUGCAAUGGCUGCUGCACAUCCAGCAAGGACACCAUCAUGCGAUGAAGAGAGUGCAGCCGCGAGAGGGUGCAUGCCAUUUCUUGUGCGGGGAAGGAGAGCCAUGAGAGGACGACAGCCGGGAAGCAGUGGGAGCAGGGGAAGCAGUGCGAGGCCCAGCAGUGCUCCUUCCUCUCCCCGUUCACCAGGGGCUUGCAGCAGCAGCAGCACCACCACCACCACAAGCGGCGACUGCUGUAGCAGGAGGGCUGCGACUGGGAAUUCCCAGCUUGUCAAGCCGUGCCUCACUGCGCCUUCUAGCACCACCACCACUACCAGUAACCCUGAAGAGGGCUCGCCCAGGAGGAGCCCGAGGCGGGUGAACUUUGUCAGAUAUGUUGAGGUUUUGGAGUAUGUUGCAUAGGCAGAUAGAAUUCUUCCCUUACCAUUAAGUAACGUAUCCUCCUUUUAGGAUCAUUUGAUCGUAGCAUCGUAAUCUCUCUCGAUCUGUCAGCAGUGCGAAACACCCGCAUCGUACUGUAGAAGCAUUUUCACUCCAAGCAAUGCUGGAGUUCUCACAUUCAGCAUUUAUCUGCGCGUGGAACGCCAUCGUCAUUCUCGCUAGAGCUUCCCGUUCCCUACCACACUGCAUCCGACGUUCGCAGAUCUAGCAAAUUCCGUAUCAUUCUCGAGCUUCCGGAGCUGAAACCCCUUUCUGUUAUGGCAGCGUAGCAGCGUACUACCGUGCCUCGUUGUUGGCUCGGAUGCAUCGCAUCGCGAAGCGUCGCGUCGAAUGCAGCGCGAAGCGUCGCGGCAAUGCUGCAGCUCCCGUCCCCGUAACGUUGUGCUACACAGUGCCAGCUCGUGACGUGUCGGUCGGAGAUUGAGUGCUUCGAUCGAGUCGUGGUGUGCGUUGAAUGGACUCGAAACGUUCUGCUCCGAGCCGGAGCAAACGAACGAGCCUCCGCGGGCCGCCUGGAGGGGACGACCGCCACAGUCACUGUGGUGUCGACGAUCAGCGAUCGACGAUGGACGACCGACGGUCGAUAAUCGAUGGAGGAAGGAAGGACGGUCGAGACGCCAGUUGACGGUGGAUGCGAAGGAGGGCAGGAAGCUUCCGAAAGUCCUAACGGACUCCGAGCUUCGCAACAGUCAUGGUGCUAGUACUAAGCACGCAGAGCUUAGCGGUCCGGCCCACCCUACGGCCUGCAAACCUCUCUCCAGUGGUCCACCUUAAGGCCUGGCGCUGCGUGCUUACUAAGCACUACUAGUAGUACUAGUACUAGUACUUCGUCAACAAGUUAUUUUCCAUAUGAGUACUACUCGUAGUUCUCUACCAUCCCAUCCGUGCUAGCAGCACUCCGAGCACUCCGAGCUCUCCGAGCACUCCAAGCACUACUACCACUGAGACUCUUGGUGCUCUCUUCAACAGCCAUCACUUCCCCUGCUCUCCGCCGCGCUGCUCAGUCACACACCUUCAUUACUAUCACAUUUCGAGAACAAUCCCACCUAACGUAACCCUUUCACACCAUGGCGUGCCAUCGCUCCCUUCAAUCCCCAGCGGCAACAACGGCUGCAGUCCCUCAAACUACGAACUUUUCACCUUCAGAGCCUCUCUAUCGGUAUCCCUCACUCCCACUGGACGGUGAGCCAUUUCCGCCUUUGCG